AUUAAUUCCCUGUUUCUCUCUCCCUCUUCAACAAUGGUUUCUUUGGAGCUUGCAAGAACAGUUGUUGGUAUUAUAGGAAACAUAAUAGCACUUUUCCUGUUCUUGUCUCCAUUGCCGACGUUUGUGGGAAUAUGGAAGAAGGGAUCGGUGGAGCAGUUCUCGGCGAUCCCGUACCUGGCGACGCUGGUGAACUGCCUGGUGUGGGUGCUCUACGGGCUGCCGGCGGUGCAUCCCGGGAGCAUUCUGGUGAUCACCAUUAACGGUGCGGGAACCCUAAUCGAGCUCGUUUACAUCGUGCUCUUCUUUGUGUUCUCUGAUCGGAAGAAGCGGGUGAAGCUCGUGCUCGUGCUGCUCGUCGAGCUCGUCUUCAUCACCCUUCUCAGCCUUGUGGUGCUGCUGUUCUUCCACACUCACACCAAGAGAUCCAUGGUGGUCGGAACCAUCUGCAUUCUCUUCAACAUCGGCAUGUAUGCUUCUCCAUUAUCAGUCAUGAAAUUGGUGAUUACAACAAAGAGCGUGGAAUAUAUGCCUUUAUCACUCUCCAUUGCCUCUUUUGCCAAUGGUGUGGCUUGGUCUAUUUAUGCUUGCCUCCCUUUUGACCCUUAUAUUUUGAUUCCAAAUGGGCUGGGCACACUAUUUGGGCUGGCCCAAUUGAUACUGUAUGGGAGCUACUACAAAUCAACAAAACUCCAAAAGGCAGAAAGGGAAGGGAAAGGGCAGGUGAUUUUAUCAGAGGUCAUCACCAAUGGAUCAAAAGAUCACUCAUGGAAGAAGGAGGGCCUUGAGGGUGAGGUCCAUGGAGCUUGAUGUAAUACUCUUUUUAAUUCAUGUCUUUUUCAGUAAAUUCCCUCGUGUUUUAAUUUUGAGGGUAAUAACAAAAGAUCAUCACACAAACUAGUAGCGUAAUGUCUUGACUAAUUGAACUAUGUUUAUGUUGGUCAAUCGACGGAUGUAAUUCGCAUGCUAUCAAAGAAAAUGAAUAACUUUUUUGUUUGGAUGGUUAUUUAUUAA